AAAUAAAUAAAUAAAUAUAUUCAAUAUGAAGUCGUGGACCCAUCUACGACUUUUAGGCAAAGUCCGUGUAAGGGAUACACGACUUCUAAAAUGAUAUUAUUUUUUUAAAAUACAUUAUUUAAAAAAAAAGAUAAUGAGUAUUAGGUUAAAAGGAGAAAGAAAAUAGAAUGGAAGGGGGAAUUUGGAAAUAAAUCCCCAAAACCUAUAACCUUCGAAAUGGGACUAUUCCGGUAAUUGAUUGUAGGGUUUUCAUUUUAGCCAUUCUCCAAUCUCCACCGAUUCUUUUGAGGAAUAGAGAAGUGUGGAAGCUUUUGAUAAAAGGGUUUGAGGAUGCUGGGAGCCAUGACGGGAUUAGGGCAAGCCGGCGCUGCUCUCUCUCAAAGGACUGUUCUGAUCACCGGAGUCAGCAAGGGACUUGGCCGAGCUCUUGCCCUCGAGCUCGCAAAGCGUGGCCACUCUGUAGUUGGCUGCUCUCGUUCUCAAGAUAAACUCAAUUCCCUCAAUUCUGACUUCACUUCCUUGGACCUCUCUUCCUCUGCCAACCAUUUACUCCUCCCUGUCGAUGUGAGCUCUGAUUCCAACGUUCAAGAGUUUGCGCGUGUUGUUGUUGAAAGGAAGGGCGUUCCUGAUAUUAUUGUAAAUAAUGCAGGUACUAUUAAUAAGAACUCCAAGAUCUGGGAGGUUCCUCCAGAAGAGUUCGAUGCUGUCUAUGAGACAAAUGUCAAGGGAACAGUAAACAUAUUGCGUCACUUUAUCCCACUAAUGAUUCCAAGCAAGAAAGGAAUCAUUGUUAAUAUGUCAUCCGGUUGGGGGAGAUCUGGUGCUGCCCUGGUUGCACCUUAUUGUGCUUCAAAAUGGGCCAUUGAGGGUUUAACCAGAUCAGUGGCCAAAGAAUUGCCAGAGGGAAUGGCAAUUGUGGCCCUUAGUCCUGGAGUUGUAAACACUGACAUGCUGGCCUCAUGCUUUGGCGAUUCAGCUUCUUUGUACCAGACUCCUGAUUCAUGGUCUUUGAAGGCAGCCACAAUGAUUUUAAAUCUUACAGCAGCUGAUAAUGGUGCAUCCCUCACUGUUUGAUUCCUGCUCGCUUGCUUGUCUCUAAUUUACCCUUUUAACUUCCAUGGCUAAUGAUGGUAUUAGAAUAUGGACUGACAACACAAUUCUAAACGAAGGACGACACAGAAAGGAAAUUUGAUUGAGCCAAAAACAAAGUAACUUGAGUUUUUACGUUCUCCAACUUGUAUUAAAUUUUCGUGACUAUAUUAUUGCUUGAAUUGAUAGAAAGAAGUAAAAUAAAGUACGGUGAGGAUUUGGAGCAAAAAAUAAGCAGAUCAAGUUUUAUGGGCUACUUCUAUUGUGUGGAACUUCUGUAAAUCUGGUGAGUACUUUUUGAGUACAUGCAAGAACUGUGAUAAACCAAAAUCCAGAGUGAAGAAAAAAUGAAGAAAAUAAAGAAAGAGGAAAUUACAUGAGGUUGAGAUGGAGGAUGGAAAAUAGGGAGAGGAGGAAUAAGUGUUGACGAUAAAUAGUGAGGGUGUAAAGGACAUUUUUCCGUCAUAAAAGGGUUGGCUUCGUUAGAGAUUUCAGUUGUUGGCUUUGUAGUAAUCUGUUCUGUUGUCAUGCGGAAAGUCUUGACAAAAGUUCUGUCGGUGAGUAUUUUCCAUUUAUGGAAAUAUUCUAUCUGCCGAUAUUGUAAUAUCUAAUUAUGUAAUUUUAAAUUUAAUUAUCUUAAUUUUUGUUAUUCAGUAGGAA